AUGUUUCUACCAGAAGUAUUUGACGCAAUAUAUGAAGGAUUGAAAGAAUAUAUCAAGGUCCCUAAAACAGUACAAGAAUGGAAUGAAAUUAUUUCUGGUUUUGAUUCAACUUGGAAUUUUCCAGCAUUUGGUGCUAUUGAUGGAAAACAUAUCAUAAUAGACUGUCCAGCACAUAGCGGAUCAAAUUAUUUUAACUACAAAGGAACAUUUAGCAUAGUUCUUUUAGCACUUGUAGACCAUAAUUACAAUUUCACAUGUAUAGAUGUAGGAAGCUAUGGCAGUAACUCAGAUGGAGGUAUAUUUGCAAAAUCAAGUUUACGAAAAGCAAUUGAAGAAAAUAAAUUGAACAUUCCAGAAGGAGCUGUUAUGUUGGCGAUGAAGCUUUUCCGCUUAAGAUGUAUUUAA